AUGUCUCAUUCAUCAGUUUAUCAAACUUCUGGUAAACCAUUAUCAAAAGAAGCAUUAUAUCAUCAAAGAUUAAAAUCUGGAUAUUUCCAAUCUCCUAGUGGAACAAUAGUUGGUGUAAAUAGUAAUGCUUCAGAUACUGCUGCAUUAUUAGCUGCAUCAUCAGAUUUAUCAGUUAAACCAUCUUAUGAACGUUCAAUUGCUCCUGAAGCUCAAACUGCUGCUUUAGCUGCCAAAAAACAAGAAUUAAAAGAUGUUGAAAGAAUAGAACAACAACAAAGAGCCCAAUCAUUAUCAAGUAAUUAUACUGCAAAUGGUACUCCUUAUACCACUGUUAGAAUUGGACUUCCUUCUGCUUUAGAUCAAGGUUCAAUUUACAAAGCAGCACAAGAAAAAUCAUCAAAUACAAUGACUUCAAGAAUUGACCCUAUAAGAGAUAUUAAAAGAUCAGGUAUUCAAUCAAAACAAGGUUCUUCACCUUUAAAUAUUGAUAAAAUUAAUAAAUUAGCAACUAAAAAUUCUUCAAAAUCUUUAAAUUCAAGAUUUAAUCCAGAUUUGGAUUAUAGAUCUGGUUUAAAAAAACAAAAACCAACAGAAUUUUUAGAUCAAGAAGAAGAAGAUUUAGCAGCUUCAGGUGCUGCUGCUUCUUUAAAACAUACUCCUUCAAUUCCAGAUUAUGCAACUCAAACAAGAACAAGUACUUUUAAAGCUCAUGAAGUUGUUAAUUCCCAAUUAUUAGCUGCUGCUGCUGCAAAAGCAAAUGAUCGUUUAAAAACUUUAAAUAGUAAUACUCCUCAAUCAUUAAAACAACAAGCUCAAUUAUAUGCUAAUGCAUUAGCUCUUGCUCAAAAGAAUAGUGAUGAAAGAGCUAAAAAUAGAACUGCUGGAGUUAUUAAUUUAGGAGGUGGUUUAACUAUUACUCAAGCUGAAUUAAAUAAAUUAGCUUCAACUUAUGUUCAACCAGUUAUUGAUGAUAUUGAACAUAAAGCAGACACCAAGAGACAAUUUGAUCAAUCAAGAAAACAAAGAAAAUUAGAAUUAAAAGCAGCUCAUGAAAAAGCUAAACAAGAAGAAUAUGCAGCAAAAUUAAAAGAAAAACAAGAUAUUGAAAAAGCUAAAGAAGAAAGAAUUAAAGAAAAUGAAGAAUUAAAAAAAUCUGAAGAUGCAAAAUUAGUUGCUCAUGAAAAAGUUGAAAAUUCAAAAGUUGAUGCUCAACAAAAGGAAUUUGAAGAAUUAGAGAAAAAACAUGCAAGUGAAAAAGAAGUUUUAUUGAAAGAGAAAAAAGAUAAUCAAGAUAAAAUUGAUGAAGAAGAAACUGGUUUAAAAAAUGAAAGAAAAGAAGAAUUAAAAAAAUUACAAGAAGAAAAAGAUGAAAUUUUAAAACCAGUAUUAGCUGAAUUAACUGAAGAAAAUUCUAAAUUAAAAGAAGUUACUGAUGCAAGAGAUGAAUUAGCAAAAGAAGUAAAAUCUGCAGAAGAUCAAAAAGCAGAAUAUGAUUCAAAAGUUGAAAAAUUACAAAAAGAAUUAGAAGAAACUAAAUCAAGUAUUGAUAAAUAUGAAACUGAUUUAGAAACUGCUAUCAACAAACAUGAAACUACUGAUAAAGAAUUAAGUGAUUUGAAAAUUAGACAUGAUGAAAUUAAAACUAAAUCAGAUGAAACUCAUAAAGAAUUAGAUUCAGAAAUCGCAAAAUUAGAAAAAGAGAAAAAGGAUAAAACUGAAGAAAAAGCGAUAAAGAAGAAAGAAAUUAUAACUGGAUUGGAUCAAAAAGUUAAAGAUGAACAUAAAAUAAAUGAUGAAUUACCUCCACAUUUAAAACGUGAGAUCAAUGAUAGUAAAUUAAAAGAUACUAGUUCAUUAUUUUCAGUUGAAGAACCAAAACCAAAAACAACAACAACAACUUCAACCACUGCUACUAAAGAAAAACCUACUACUACAUCAGCUCCUAAAGCAAAUGGUGAUUCAAAUAUUAAAUCAGUACCGUUAAUUUCAUCAGCUGAAAAAGAAGCUAAACCAAAAACAAGUGAUACUAAAAAAGAAACAGUUCCAAAAACCGGGACCACCACUAAAGAUAGUAAAAUAGCAACUCCAACUCCUCAAAAGAAAGAAGUUACUAAACCAUCUACCGCCGCUACUAAAGCUGACGCAAGUGGUACUAAAAGACCAGUAACUCCAACUGCUCAAACUUCACCUUCAAAAAAGGAUAAAAAAUCAUUUUCAAAAAGAUUUUCUGAUUUUUUUAAAGAUCAAUCAAAAAAUCCAACACCAAAAUCUCCAAGACAAACUACUGGAGCUAAAACUACUGGAGCUGCAGCUACUAAAACUACUGCAAAACCAACAACUACCACUACAACUACUCCAAAAAAAUUAGAUGAAUCAAAAAAAACAACAACAACAACUCCAACCACUAAACCGAAAGUAGCAGAAAAAGAAGAAGUUAAAAAACCAACAACAACAACUGAAGCAAAACCUAAAACAACCACCACCGAAUCAAAACCAAAAACCACUACAGCAGCAACUAAAGCUCCUGCUACUACAAGUUCAAAACAACCAGCUGCUAAAGAUGCAGAAAAAGAAGCAAAAAAUAAUUCAUCAACAACAAAUCAUUCAGAAGAUGGAGAAUAUGGAGAUUUUGAUGAUGAAUUAUCAUUAAAUAAAAAAAAUCAAGGAGGAGUAUUUAAAGAAGAAAUUUUAUAA